UCAACUGCAUGGCACCAUCAGUCAAGCAGGACCCACAGAGAGGAAGGAGAAGAGAAGCUGGUCAGAGAGGCUUUGGGUGGGGACACAGUGCAGAGCUGGCCCCGGUGUCAUUCUGUGCCUCAGACCAGCCAGAGGUCAGCCUCGGUCCCUUCUCCCACCAGCCUCUGGGAGCACCAUGACUCCUGCCCUCUCAGUCCUGCUGUGCCUGGGGCUGUGUCUGUGCAAGAGGACAAGGACCCAGGCAGCAGAUGGAUUCCCCAAGCCCUCCCUCAGGGCAGAGAAUGGCUCUGUGGUGCCCCGAGGGGGAGCUGUGACCCUCAGGUGCAGGGGAUCAUGGGAGGCUGUAGAGUGGCUGCUGGAGAAAAGGGGAAGAUCUGGAUGGUCACUGAUCAAAGUUGUGAGACAAGCUGGAAAUGAGGGACAGUUUUCCCUCCCAUCUGUGACACCACAUGAUGCUGGGACCUACAGGUGCUUCUACAGACAUUCAUCCUCCUGGUGGUCACAGCUGAGUGACCCCCUGGAGCUGGUGGUGACAGGCCUCUCUGCCCCGCCCUCCCUGGCAGCCCUGCCCGGCUCUGAGGUGGCCCCAGGACAGAACGUGACCCUGCAGUGUCGGUCAGAGCUAUGGUAUGACUGGUGCGUCCUGUGCAAGGACAGAGAAGAGAUCAGCCGCGGCAGGACCCGGAGCCAUGGAUGGAUGUAUCAGACUGACUUCUUCUUCCCUGCUGUGAAUCCAACCCAGGAUGGCACUUACCGAUGCUUCGGCUUUUAUAGUUCUUCCCCCUCUCUGUGGUCCUCCCCCAGCGCCCCCCUGCUGCUCCGGGUCUCAGGCACCGCAAAGGGUCCUCACCUCCCCCAAAUCCCUGGGAAUCCCCCAGCAGUGACGUCUUCCCCACCCAGGACCUCUCCAAGCCCCAGGUCUGAGAACGGGCCCUCGGGUCACUCCAUCCUCCAAGUGAGCAUCCUGGUGGGCAUCUCAGCCUUCCUCAUCCUGACCUUCCUCUUCCUCUCCCUUCUUUACUUUCAUCGCUGUCGGUAUCAGCCCAGCCUGGGGAAAGGGGACAGAGAGACCGACAUCAAGACCACCAGGAGCUCAGAACUAGCUGGGAGCACCCUAGAGGAGACCGUGUAUGCUGCUGUGAAUGAUGACAGACGGACAGAGGAAGCUGGACAAGAGGACACAUCCGCUUUCCAAAGAGAAGCCCCUCAGGAAGUGACCUACACCCAGCUGGACCACAAGAGGCUCAAUCGUGGGGCGGAGCCCCCUCCCCCAUCUGGCCCAGUGGAGCCCAGUGUCUAUGCUGCCCUUCCGUGAACUUAGCCCAAGCCUGGGGGGCCAGAGGUAGAGCCGCCCCUUCAUUCUCCCUCUGCUUCCUGAGGGCCGACCCUGUCCUACCUCAUCUGCAAGUCACCCUGCCAUUAGGACCUCGGCUUGUCACCCCAAGAGGAAAAGCAGAAAAGACAAAAAGGCCUAAAACUCUGGGGAAUUGUACUGUCUGGUACUCUGGGGGGGAGAAAUGUGCCCUCUGGAAUGCUGGGACCCUGACAUCCACAGACGGGCGACCAGCCACUGAUUACAAAUUAGAAAUUAUCUGCCCCCCCCCCCCCAUAAGAGAUCUGUCAUUACACUGUAGAGGGGGAAUACACUGUAUAAGAGAGGGCAGAACAGACUUACCUCUAGAGGAGAGGCGGAGGCUGGCCCUCAGGUGAGGAGGGGUAUUGCCUGGGCAGCCCCAGCCCACCAAGCUCCUGUACAGGAAAAAAGAUCCCAGAACUUACAGACAGAUGCUGAAGCCUCAGACUAGGCAGUGUAAAAAAUAGACUCGAAUACAGGACUACAAUCCCCACAAGCCUUUGCUCCACUUCCCCAAAAUGCUUUGUAAUCUCACGGGAAUUCUGAGGUGGGCCAAGAUCGAGGAAGGAUUUAAGCUGGUGGCAAAGGUUUUUGGGCCUCUUUUGGACUUCCGUUUUGGAGCAGAUGCAUCUCUUCUGUGAUGUGAGGUUAUUUUGUCUAGGCCUCUGGCCUAGGCACAUGUUUCUUACUUGUAUAUUCUUUAAUGCUUAAUCAUUAAUAAACCUUUAAAAAAUAUAA